GUACUCAAAUAGAAAAUAUAUACGUAUGCAAAAAAAAUAAUGUAGAGGUUGGGUUUGGGUUUAAGCUAUAGACGAAUUUUGAAGAGACACAGCCCCACUCUCCACAGGUGGUCUCUUCCUCUCCUGUGGGUUGUGGUGGACAAACAAAUUCCAAUACCAACUCCGACCCACUUCCCUUUUCUCCUCUCUGGUUCGUCAUUUUGCCUUACUCCUUUUACUAUUUGUAUUUUUUCACCUUUGAUUUGAAUAAAGUUUGGCUUUUCAUGUGUUUCUUGAAAAUAAUGGAUCUGGGUGUUUUUGAGAUCCAGCUGAUUUAGAAGGAUGGAAGAGUUUGAUCUUCUAAUGUGAUGAGGAUAUAAUUGAGAAGAAUGGACAGAUUAGUUGAACGCCUUAUGUAGUUGUUGGAAGCUUCUUUUAGUGUAUGUUGACCAAAUUGAUAUGGUCUAUUCUUAUGUGAACCAAAAUCAAUUACUUUGACUUGGAAAUUUGCUUUCCUACUUUUUGGAGAGGGUAACUUUGACAAGAUAGUGGUUUCAAGACCGGAGAAACGAAAGUUGACAUCUUAAUUGGUAUUCUCUGGUUAUAUUGGGGUUCGAUUCUCGUAUGGCUGUUGCUAUUAGCAACAGCAACACUGAAACAUCACUUUAUACAUGUUGUUGCUAUAAAGUUGCAAACUUGAGUGAGACUAUUUUGGAUGCAAAUUAUAGUGCUAAUUUGCAUGAUCGUUACGUCCUUGGAGAACAACUGGGGUGGGGGCAGUUUGGGAUAAUCAGGACAUGCUCUGAUAAGUUCACUGGAGAGGUGUUGGCCUGUAAAUCAAUUGCUAAAAAUAGAUUGGUGACUCAGGAGGAUGUGCGAAGUGUCAAACUUGAAAUUGAAAUAAUGACCAGGCUUUCUGGCCACCCAAAUGUUGUAGAUCUCAAGGCGGUUUAUGAGGAAGAAGAUAAUGUACAUCUAGUAAUGGAGCUUUGUGCUGGAGGAGAACUUUUUCACCAGCUGGAGAGGCAUGGUAGAUUUUCUGAGGCUGAGGCCAGGGUUCUCUUCCAUGACCUAAUGGAAGUGGUGAUGUAUUGUCAUCAUAAAGGCAUUGUACACAGAGAUCUUAAGCCAGAGAACAUUCUCUUGGCUACAAAGGGUUCUUCUUCUCCGAUAAAAUUAGCUGAUUUUGGUCUGGCAACGUACAUCAGGCCAGGUCAAAGUUUGCAUGGUACUGUUGGCAGCCCAUUUUAUAUAGCUCCUGAGGUCCUCGCAGGAGGUUAUAAUCAAGCAGCUGAUAUCUGGAGCACUGGUGUUAUUCUUUACAUUCUUCUUAGCGGAAUACCACCAUUUUGGGGGAAGACAAAGUCAAAGAUCUUUGAUGCUGUCAGGGCAGCUGAUUUGCGGUUUCCUUCUGAUCGCUGGGAGACAAUAUCAUCUUCGGCGAAAGAGUUGAUCAAAGGAAUGCUAUGUACCGAUCCUUCUCAGAGGCUUACAACUCAGCAAAUUUUAGAUCAUGCUUGGGUACGGGAUAGCUUACCACAUUUCAAUGUACCACGCCUAAAAGUGCAUUCAGAUGAAGGCUCCUGCUGCUCUUCUCUUAUGGCUCGGAAUCAGGAUAUCAGUUUUGGCACAUGUUCUGCCGUUUUAAUUGAUGUCCAAUCGCCAAGAUUCACGUGCAAGACAUCAUUUUCUACUUUAUUAACCGAACAAUCGACAACCUCCUAUGGCUCCGCUGUAUUCUCUUUCAGUAGUGCUGGUGGAUCAAAUGGCCAUGACUUUGCUUCUCCUGUUCUAACACUGCCGAGUUUUACAUUCUUCGGUCCGAAUUUAGUUGUUGAUCAAGGCAGUUAUGAAGUUGAUUUAUCUGUUAGAGCAUCUGAUGUAGAUUUACUUCAUACAGAUGCCAGUGUGGGAAAGGUGCUUAUGUUGUCAGACUCUCCUGUAAGCUUUGAGCAAGUGGUACGAGAUAAGACAGCAGAAGUUAGAAAGAGUGGAUCCAAUGGAUCUAGAACUCUCGGCAUCCAGAGCAGGAGGAACCAUACAAUUGGUCUUGGUGAAUUUGAACAGAUUGAUAUUGUGGUGACUGAAUCAGUUAUCCGGUGGGCAUCAUGCACGUGUCUUCCUACCGCCACAUCACUCAAGUCUUCUCUCGUCUGUUGAAAGUGUAGAUGACUUAAUGGCUUAACCAUUAUGUUCACUUAAUGAGGUCAUGUAACAUGUUAGAUUCAUGAGCUUCUGGUCUAAACCCUCAAGCUCAUUCGCCACUCACAAGUUUGAUUUUGGUAAUGUCGUAAUGAUGUUUUCUUGAGUUUCAUAGCUUUUGCCAAUCGUUAAUGUGAAGGGGUGUGAGUUAAUUGCUUAUGAGGCUUUUCCACGUCUAGAAUGUUUCAGUCUUGAAAUUCAAUGAGUUUGCAUGGCCAUCUGGCAUCUGUGUAGCAUCUCAUUUGCCUUUGAUCCGAAUGCGGGUGUUUGACCUAUAUUUUAAAUAAAUGCAUGAGCUUUUUUCUCAAA